AUGUCCUCAUUCACAGACGAUCAUUUGGUUUGGGUUCUCAAGAUGCCCGUUGACCCCGCGGACAACGGAGCCAGUCACGAAAACAUUGAGCUAGUGGGUGUGUACAGCAGAUCAGCGAACGACCAAAAGCUUCUACGGAUCGCUCUGCAGAAGCAUUGCGACAAUGACCAGGUUGCGGAAAAAUGGGUUACCCAGCACCUACAACAUAGCAGCAAAUUCACCGAAAAGAACACCGAUCUAGCAGUCAUGAACUCCAAGGAAAGUGUCCACUUUUACAUCAAAUUCAUAAUCGAGGAGAACGCUCCUGUCGCUAAAACAUUGAUGAACUUGUCCGAGGGCGCCUCUGCCACCUUGUACACUGUGAGGACACGAUCUGGCGAUACGCUCGCGGACCCAGACAGCCCCAUGAGGGAUGAUGAUGACGACAACAACGCCGAAGACAAAGACAAUGGCGGCGAAGGCGACGACGAGGAAAUGGUCGACGAUGAGGAAACGGAGGACGACGAAGCAAAGGUUCGAAAAGCCCGUGACGGACGCCGUAUAAUUGAUGGCGAAAAUUUCUAUCAAAUUGUCCAAUCAGGCGAACUUGAGUACUUCAUCGGACAUAAGGUCAGCACUUUCCUCAAUGUGAAGGAUGCAGUCGAAGAGGUCAAGAAGCAGACUAUACCCAACUCUAAGACCCAUGGGUACCGGUAUGGACCCAUUAAUCGGUUCGGAGUCAAUGUCACUGGGAAAUUGGCGGGUGAUGAUACGUUCGAAAGUAUGUCCUGGAUCACGAAGGUGGUUGCGAGUGGGAAUGAGCGAAAGGAUGACUACACUCUCACUUUCGAGGACUGA